UAAAAACUGAAUCGCCUCAUUUUGAAAAUUGAAACUUUUAAUCUUUGAGAUUCCACUCUAACUGAUAAUAUGAACAUUCUGAAGAAAAAUAUUGAUAAAAUUUAGCUGUAGAGUUGUUAACACAUGAUGAUCAUCUGAGUUUUUUUCAAAAAAUACAGAACUUUUUUUUUAGUGAUUUUUACAAAACCCUUGAAACCCCAAAAAGUAGGAAGAUGAGUAGUCUUGUUAAUAAUAUUGAAAUUUCUAGUAAAUGUGAUGAGUAUAGUGAUAAAAAAUGUGGGUCUAAUUUUAAUGUUGAAUGUGUAUUGAAGAAACCCAUAGCGAAAGAUUCAGGAAUGGCCCAGGAAGGUAACAGGCCAAUAUGCACACGAUUCCAAAGGUGGGGUAACUGCUCUUAUGGUGAAAGGUGCCGUUACGUUCAUACUGCUGGUGGGUCUACAUAUGUGCCUUUGCAGGGGGGUGGGUAUGACCAAAGUUAUGUUGAGGAAGGAAAGAGUGCAUACCGGGAGAGUGCUGCGAUAACCAUUGUGUCUGGUGGGAAUGAAGUGAAAAAUAAGAGUUAUUCUGAUAAUGUGGAACCCAAGAGUUUUGUGGAUUUUCGUACAAGGAUGAAGACCAGGCUUUGCAACAGCUGGGAAAGGGACGGGAGCUGUUUUUUUGGUGCAAGAUGUCAAUUUGCUCAUGGGAGGGCAGAACUGCAGGGUUAUGGUUCCUCCAAUCCACUGGUAUCGUCGAGCAAUGCUGGCAUUUCUGCUCCUGCCAAGAAGGUUGCACCCAAUGAAGUAGGGUCCAGUGCUCCAGCAGAGCGUAGGUUCAAGUGGAAUGACGUACGCAAGAUCAGCCAGGUCUAUGGUGACUGGAUUGAGUAGCUGCCUUCCCCAUAAUCAUCAGGCACUAUGAAGAUCUAAAGUGCCUGAACUUUAUCUCAUUUUGCUCAACUUUUGGAGUGGUUUAUUGGGUGACUUUUACAUAUUCAGAGAGACAUUUUGGUAUCUCUGUAGUUUAAGUUUAAAAUGCUGCUUGCUAAGUUAUAUCAUUUUGGAUUUAGUUUGACAAAAACUGCCUUGUCAAGAUUUUGUGAAGUGAUUUCAUAGUUUUACAAAUCAGAUAGGUUUAUAUCUGAAGAUGCAAGUAAAAACUACAGUUUCAGCAUUGAAACACAUUUUAUGGAAGAAGACUUUUUGUUUAA